AUGGCAGCGAAGAAGAUGCUGUAUGCGCUUCAGAAGGUCGGCCUGCUCGCAAUGCCGGUGUCGACGCCCGUAGUUCUCUUUUGGGAGUCUCGCGGCAGCAAGAGCACGUCUCUCUGGACGUCCGGUAUGGCAGAGCCUCGUGCACCGUGGGACACGGCUCGAGGCUUUGAUCACGGCACAGCAUCUCACAGGAGAGGGAGCAGGUCGACGAUCCAGCCACCUCUCGCCACGGCAUCGUGGGCGAAGCAACCGGCCCAGAGAAGAAUAUGCCACGGAGAUGCGAACGACACAUUCGCGAAACACCUGGCUCGUGGAUCCCGCAUAGCUCGACUCGGAUCUCUUUCCCCAGCCGUCAGUUUGCAGCAUGCACUCACAGAGCUCGAUGACGCCACCGAGGACUACAACGUUGCGGGGGCGACCAUCCUGCACGUUGCGAGACUGAUAUGCAGGGAGGAGGAAAAGGCCCUCGACAAUAUCCGCCGACGCAAGAACGCCGACGACUUCAACCCAAAGGCAGAUCUCGUCUUUGGCCCUGCUCCAGUCCGCGCCGUGGUCGGCAGGGUCAAAUACCUGUGUUAA